GAUUCCUCCCCACCCCGCCCCACCCCCGGCCCUGGGCAUCGCGGGUCUGGGCCCAGGCCAGGGCCACCCGACCUGGCACGCCGCCGGCAUCCGCGCUUUUUCAGGACCCAGGCGGAGAGGUCGACACUGUUAGGCUGACAUGACCUUAGCUUCUAGAACAUGCUCUAGUCUGAGCAUUUUUUUCCUUGGACCUUUUCAAGAACGCUUUUGCCCCAAAGGGGCAACCGAAACCGGGUUUGACGAGAUUGGUUAGCUGUUCGGAUUUCCCCACACUACCUUGGUAAUGCCCCUGAACUGACUCUGGAGACUUGAACUUAACUGCUAGAAUGCCAACAGACUGGUUUGCUUCGGAAGAUAAUAAAACCAGAUGACUAUGUGGUUGAACGAGCCAAAGCCAAUGCCUCCCUCUGGGAGGCCAGGUUGGAAGUCACAGAACUCUCUAGAAUUGAGUACCGCGAUACCUCCCGAAGACUGGCAAAAUGUAAUGAGGAAUUAAAGAAACAGCAGUAUAAAAUGGAAAAAGACACAAUGUCUGUAUUAAGCUUCCUGAAGAAGCAGGAUCAGGAAAAAGAUAAUAUGAUUGAAAAAUUGAAACAGCAAUUGGUUGAAACAAAGGAAAAAGCCCAAGAAGAGAAGGUAAAAUUGGAACAAAAGUAUACUGGGCAAAUACGUAAGCUGGAGGAACAGUUCAGUCAAAAAGCCAAAGAAAUUGGCAUGAUUCAGACAGAGUUAAAAACAAUAAAACAAUUCCAGAAGAGAAAAAUCCAAGUGGAAAAAGAAUUAGAAGAUCUGAAAGAAAGUUUAAGGAACUCAGAGAGGAAACACCAGGAGACUCUUAGAAGACUAGAAGGCAGAUUUUUUGAAGAAAAGCACCGUUUAGAACAAGAGGCUGAAAAGAAGAUAGUAAUGCUGGCAGAGAGAGCCCAUCAUGAAGCUGUGGUGCAAUUGAACACUGCAGGAAGAAAUGUUUUUAAGGAGAAUGUUUAUCUCCACAAAGCUCUCACCUACCACCUGAAGGAAGCUGAAGCUCUACAAAAAAGCUCCCUGAACUUGCAAGAGAGUCAUUCUUGCCUUUUACAUCAAAAGGAGGUCAAUGAUCUAUUGAUUAAGGAAAAGAUCGUACAACUUACUCAGCAGAGAUCACAAAUCCAAACUCUUAAGAAGAAGGUGCAAAACUUGGAGAAUGCUCUGACUUACAUGACCACAGAGUUUGAAACUGAGGUUUUGAAACUGCAGCAACAGGCAAUGAUAGAGAACCAGGCGGGGCAGGUAGAAAUCGACAAGCUGCAGCAACUUCUUCAGAUGAAGGACAAGGAAAUGAAUCGAGUGAAGAAGCUGGCUAAGAACAUACUGGAUGAGAGAACAGAAGUAGAAAAGUUCUUUCUAGAUGCAUUAUAUGAUGUGAAGCAACAGAUCCUAAUAAGUAGAAAGCAGUACAAGCAAAUAGCACAAUCUGCUUUCAAUGUACAAAUGAAUAGAGCAUGUGCAGGAAAAGCAGAGUAUCCCAAAAUCAGGACAUUUGAUGGCAGAGAACACAGCACCAACAGUGUGAAUCAGGAUCUUAUGGAGGCUGAAAAAUGGCCAAAUAUUCAGAGAAAUGUGGAUAUUGGAGAUUUGACCUGGGAGCAGAAGGAGAAAGUCUUACGAUUGCUUUUUGCAAAAAUGAAUGGUUUUGCUGCUAGGAAAUACAGCCAGAGUUCUAAGCCUCCUGUUCCAGACUACAUUGCUUCUGAUAGUGGAGAAGUGAAAGAAUUGAGGAAUGACAGUAAGCUUCCAGAUCCAGUCUUCAUCACCCAGCAAAUUCCCAUACUGAACCCUGAUGAAACAGUGGCAUCCAGUAUUCCGAAAGAAUUAUAGGAUUCUUAACAUAGGGACUUUCUGAGAAACCAUCUGGAAUAACACGACUUCACAGAAGCUGUUGGCAGCUAGUCAUUGCUUCUGAAUAUGUUCGAGAAAGUUUCUUCAAGGAAAAAAAGUUGUAAUUCAAAAGUUACCUGUUUGCCAUAGAAAUUGGUAUCUCCUCUGAAGGAAGAUCGAGAGCCGGUGAAUGAAAACAUUGGCAAAGGCACUGGAAUGGGGACAUUGACUCCCACCUACGCAAAGGCCAGAACAAAUCCACAUCAAACACUAAACAAAGACUCAAACUACAGAUUCUCCAUUUAGAUGCACAAAGACAAGAGACCAAUUUUAUUUAAUUUGGUUUUAAAAUUUCUUUGGUUUGGCUUUUUUGGAGAUACUAAUUUUAAAGUCAUUUUGUACUGUAUCAUCCAUGCUGUAAAUGGGGCAUUGUGGGAGAUUAAAGGGGCA